UCUUGCUUAUGUGAAUUAUUUAGGAAAUUCCUAUUGAACUAGAAAUAUAAGAACUGAAAUUAAAUGCAGAAAAGAAUUACCAGCUUUUCAGGUAGGACAUGGUAAAUUAAUAUUUGUUAAUAAAAGAAAAUUGAGAAUAUUUCUAGGACCUACAGUUAUGUAAUAGUAAAAAAGAAGUUCUUUUUAGAAAACAGGGCUACUUGUUUAAAGGAACUUCCUCUUGCAUACUAACAUGUAGAUUUAAUUUCUAUUUUUCAUAUAGGCCCAGUUUUCUUUUAUUUUAAAAUAUAAAUUUCCACAAAUAAUAGAGUGACAGAAAGAAGGAUUAGAGUUUAGGAUUGCCAAAUAGAGAAUAAGUAAAUUGAAAUAAGUUAGCUUUCCCAUUGCAGGAUUUUUAUAUAAAAUUGAAGUUCUAGAUUUUUUGAAGUGCUAAUGGAAAUUUAAAAAAUAAAGGGUAAUGAUAGAAAUUUUUAGAAGAAUAAUUAUGAGAAAAGACCUUAACACUUUAUGAACAGAAUAAACUUAGGAAAUUGUUUCUUCAAUCAACGAGGUAUAAAUCCAAAAUUUUUAAAUCUACUUUUAUUGUUGUUGUUCUUUAGGUUCAAAUGCCUUCUGGACAUCUCCACUUUUUGCCAUUCAGUUCUGUUGUGUAAAAAUCUGUAUUUUUUCCAAUUAUAAUUUCUAGCAUGGAUCUGCUCAGAAAGUCUAUCCUUAUAAAAUAUAUAUAUUAUUUUAUAAUAUAUUUUAAUACUCUUUUGACUUAAUUUUUCACAUUUAAUAUAUUUUUACAUCUGGAAUUUAUUUUUGUGUUUGGGGAAAACUCUAAGGAUUUUUUUUCCUCUCUCUCUCUUUGGUACUGGGGAUUGAAUCCAAGGGUGUUCUACCACUGAGCUACAUUCUCAUGAAAAAUGUUUUCAUUUUUUAUUUCGAGGCAGGGUCUUUCUCAAUUGCCUCAAACUCGCAAUCCUCCUGCCUCAGCCUCCAUGCCUUUUAUAUUUUUCUGGUUGAUAUUAAUUUUUGUCUUUUCAGUCUUGUUCCAUUUUAUAGGUUAGUGAGAAUUCUAAGUGAUCAAGUACUGUGAGAGUUGGGCACAGAUUUAUCAUGCUUGUUAUUGAGUUCCUGACAUCUGCCACAAUGCCUAGGUGAUAGUAAUAUUUUAGUAAAUAUUAUUGAAUGGAUAAAUUAUUAAAGUGGAAAAAUGUUUCAUGGUCUACUUUAACUAAAUUACAUUUUCCUAUUUUUCCUUUGUGUCUUUCAUAUCUAAAAGUCUUAUAUAUCUUAGAAAUAUUUUCUGGCAGGGGUAUUAGGGAUUGAAUUCAGGGCCUCAUGCAUGCUAGGUAAGUGCUCUACCAUUGAGCUAUAUCCCCAGCCCUUUUUAAUUUAUUUUGAGGCAAGGUCUCACUAAGUUGCCCGGCCUGGCCUUGAGCUUUCAAUCCUUCUGUCUCAGCCUCCCAAGUAGCUAGAGUUACAGGUGUGUGUCACUGCAUCCAGCUAUAUCUUAGAAACCUUUAACUUACCAAGCAUUUUAGCCAUGUUGAAAUUUGAAAGAUAAUAUAUUUUUUCAGGCUAAAUAAAGUAACUUGUUCAUGUUAGCUAUGCCUUGUUUUUUUUCCUAUGUCCCAAGCUGGCUAAAGAAGCAGUUUGUUUUCACUUUUCCUCUAAGUUAGCAAACUUUCCAUGAAGACAUGAUGAUCCAGAUAUACCUUAGUGGAUGUAAUUGUAUGUUAUUGCUCAUACUGUUUCUUUCUGCCUAAUCCUUACUGCUACCCUGAUCUGAGCCAGUUUUGAGGACUUACUUGGCUGAUUUCUAUUUUCAUUAUUUAUAAUUUAUCCUACCAUGAAAAACAUAAAUAAUAUAUGAUAAGGAUCUACUUUUCUUUUCCUUUUGGCAAUUAUUUCAUUGAUAGAGUAAAGGAACAAAAUCUUAAAAUAAAAAGACCAUUCAACCCACUAUUAUAUAUUGAUUUGUGUGUGUGUGUGUGUGUGUGUGCGUGCAAAGACUAUAAUGCUACAGAAAGAAGUUGCUAUCUGCAAGGGAUGUACCUUUUUGGGAAGGGAGACAUAAGACACAAACAUUGCAAAACUCAUCUAAGUACAAUGCCACAUGAGAGGUUGUAGAAACUUAUGAAAGGGAAAAAUAACUCCAACUUGGGAAAAUUCUUGAGGAGUUGAGACUUAUUUAAGAUCCCAUCAGAUCUAUAAUAAAUGGGGCAUUUCAGAGGAAUAGAAAAAUGAAAAAAUUGUGGAAUGGGAAUGCAUUGUGCAAAUAUGGAGAAUACAGAGUAUAGUGGAAUGGCAGGCAUGCUGUGUGGGAGAGUAGAAGAGGAUGGGAACUAAAUUGAGUUAGAUUGUGGAGAGUCUUUAAAAUUUUUUUUUCCAAAAAAACAAUAUUCCUUGGAAAAAUUCUGUUUCAUCAAGCAUGGACCUGGAAAAUCAUUUGCAGUGUUGCUGACAUGAAAAGGAAGCUGCUGUAUUUAUAAGCAUAUGCCUUUAUAGAUUACAUCUGUGGGUGCUAUUAACCUCAGUGUUUUCUGUAUAUUUCAGACAUUAGUCUCUAGCCAUGGGGGACUGGAACUUAUUGGGUGGCAUCUUAGAGGAAGUUCACUCCCACUCAACAAUAGUGGGGAAAAUCUGGCUGACCAUUCUCUUCAUUUUCCGAAUGCUGGUACUUGGUGUGGCUGCUGAGGAUGUCUGGGAUGACGAACAGUCAGCAUUUGCCUGCAACACCCAGCAGCCAGGUUGCAACAAUAUCUGUUAUGAUGAUGCUUUCCCUAUCUCUUUGAUCAGAUUCUGGGUUUUACAGAUCAUCUUUGUAUCAUCUCCUUCUCUGGUGUAUAUGGGCCAUGCACUUUAUAGGCUCAGGGACUUUGAGAAAGAGAGACAUAGGAGAAAGUCACACCUUAGAGUCCAAAUGGAGAAUCCAGAGCUUGACUUGGAGGAGCAACAAAGGAUAGAUAGAGAACUGAAGAGGUUAGAGGAGCAAAAGAGGAUCUAUAAAGUCCCUCUGAAAGGAUGUCUGCUGCGUACAUAUGUCUUACAUAUUUUGACCAGAUCUGUACUGGAAGUAGGGUUCAUGAUAGGCCAAUAUAUUCUUUAUGGGUUUCAAAUGCGCCCCCUAUACAAAUGUACUAAACCUCCUUGCCCCAAUGCAGUGGAUUGCUUUGUAUCCAGGCCCACAGAAAAGACCAUUUUCAUGCUCUUUAUGCACAGCAUUGCAGCCAUCUCCUUAUUACUCAAUAUCCUGGAAAUAUUUCAUCUGGGCAUCAGGAAAAUCAUGAGGGCACUUUAUGAGAAAUCCAGCAGUGGGAGCAUUGAGAAUGAGAGAGGCCCUCCAUUCCAUUUGAAGAAAUAUUCAAGGACCCAACCAUGUACGAUUUGCUCCUCCUUACCUGAAAGAAUCUCUCCACUUCAAACCAAUAAUCAACAGAAAGUCAUCCAAGUCAACGUUCCAAAGUCUAAAUCCAUCUGGCAAAUCCCACAGCCCCCGCAAUUUGAUGUAGAUUCUUCCUGUAGCAAAAGAGACUGCACUGAGAAAGAUCAGCACAACGGACAGCUCCACAUCCAUAGCCCAUGUCCUCAGGACGGCAAAGCCAGAAUUCAGCACCCAGGACAGCAACCUUGCCAUUCCUCCUUUGGCUUAAGGAAUACAGUGUCCCAAUCCUGGCUAGGUGCAACGGUGGCCUCUCAACACUGUCCAUCAUAUGCAUUACGAACAUGGGAGCAAUCCCAGGACCUGGAAUCCUCAGGUGAACCUCUCACAGAUAUGCGCAGUCACUUCAAAGGGAGUGAUGGCAGUGUGAGAGAGAGUGGUGUCUGGAUAGACAGAUCUUGCUCAGGCAGUCGCAAGAUUAGCUUUCUGUCCAGAUUGCUGUCUGAAAAAGGACAGCUGUGCAGUGACUCAGGAAGCUCCAGUUCUCUGAAUAGCACCUGCUUGAAUUUUUCACACCGGGAAAACAGCCCCUCACCUCUGCCCUCAGCUACUGGCCACAGAACAUCAAUGAAUAUGCUUCUAGAACUUUCAUCUAUUAUGAAAAAGUAAUGCACCAAGAGCAUUAUCUGGUAUCUGCGGAGUAAAGCUGCAUCUUUGUCAACUCAAGACUAUGGAAAAGCUUUGGGAUUCACCUCCUCACAGUACUGUUACAUUCUGGAUCUUAAAUGCCUCUCAAAGACCCAUGUGUUUAAGGCUUGGUCCCCAGCUUGGUGCUAAUGGGAGAUGGUGGGACCUUUAAGAGGUGGGACUAGUGGGAAGUCUUAGAUCACUGAGGAUGUGCCCUUGAAGGGAAUUGUGGGGCCUGAGCCCCUUCCUUUUUCUUUUGUAUAUGGACAUGAGGAGAACAAUUUGAUUCAUAAUACACUCCCACCAUGAUGUGCUACCUUCUCCAGGCCCAAAAGGAAUGGGGCUAACCAAUCAUAGGCUGAAACUUCUAGAGGGCUGUGAGCCAACAUAACCCUUUUCUCUUUCUAGGUUGAUUACCAUGAGUGUUUGAUAUAGGGACAGAAAGCUCACCCACACACAUGGAGACUCCUGGUAGGUGAGAUGCUGUGAACAGAGUGCUCUAAACCUGGACUCACCUCCCCAGGAUCUCUUUCUCAAUGGGGACUGAAGCCAGCCUCUCAUCCCUCUGUCUGGGCAUGCUGUAUGAGGCAGGUCUAAGCCCAGGCAGGGAGGAAUUGUGCACCAUGAGGGAAAAUCUAGGGGCAAGAGCUGCUGUUGCCCCAAGGAGAAGAACUGGGAUAUGUUUCUCUUUCCUAGCCCCAGCAGUCUGGUGGGACACCAGAGAGAGCAUCCAGCUCUGCAGCAGCAGCAGUUGGUCCCUUGAACAUGGAUCCAGAGCAAGCCUGGAGCUCUGUGUUCAGCCCGGGCUCAAAUAUGCUUCCUGUCUGCAAAGGAAGGUAGAUGACGAAUUUUUAUCCUCUUUCUCUUGUUAGUACAUUUCUUGGGAUAAACGAGCUGAAUUUUUAGUUCAUAAAUGCUAUGAAAAUAAAAUAUUGAUUAAAACA